AUGGGCAGUAGUCAUCGUCUCUAUCAAGGAAGAACCAGACUGGGUACCAUUUCCACUUGUGCUUCCAUCCUCCAUCGACUCCAAAGAAUGUAUUCUCUACCGAAAACCCAAGAGACGGAGAAGCGGGGAAGGUAUUUUCGUAAGUGAAGGUACAAGGUAUCUCCUUUCUCAGACUCUUAAAUUGUUUCGAUGCUCUUCGACCUCUCCAAUCUCCUUCGACAUCAUGACAUUUUCCAAGGUCUGCAGCUGUUGGAAGCUGCUCUACCAGUGGACUUCGUCUUGGGUGAAGAAGAACUCGGAGUCAGAUGGCAGUCAGCCCCCGGCCCCUGAUGAGACCUCGCACGCCAGGAAGCCCUCGGUCUACACCUGCGGACCUUGCGGUGGCGCCGGCGGGAGCGAGAGGAACAUGGGUGCAGAUCCCGGCACUCACAUCCUAAAGGUGAUGGUUCGCCAUGGGCUUGCCGUGGACGCCAUUAGAAUUCUGUACCGGCGCGACGGCCGCGACGAGUGGACCGACUGGUGGGGGGGAAGAGGAGGGCAACUUUCCGAGGUCGUUCUGGACGAUGAACGCGAUGAAUACUUGGCAUGCAUAAGUGGUCGAUACGGCAUUUGCGGCGGCUACCUGGUGAUAAAGUCGCUGACUUUUGCCACCAACAAGAGGACGUAUGGGCCGUUCGGGGUGGAAGAUGGUGCUCCUUUCAAGUUGGACGCAGGAGGUCAAAGGAUCGUGGGGUUCUUCGCCCGCGCAGGCCAAUUCCUCGACGCCAUCGGGGUUUAUACAGCUUGACGAUCCAUGGCUGCCUUCUCCUACCUCAGACUUCUCAUCCAAGUUGUGUUUGUACUCUGCUAUCAUAUUAUAUAAUACAUCAAUACAUCAA